UGUCGUAUCCAAGCUAACCUGUGCGCUUAAAGCAAAGACUGGCCGGUGCCUAAACAGUUAAAGGGGCACGGAGCCAUAAGUGCGAAGAAGAAGAAGAAGAAGGAGCUUCAGGUGACAGAUACGAUUCCAGCUCCUUCAAUUUUCUCUUUCUCUUUCUUUCAUCCAUUAUAACGCUCUUGCAAGUGAUAACUGAUUUACAUAUAACGCAACACGAUAAUCCGCGUAACGUAGUCUUUUUUGGUUGCUGGUCACGUUUAUUGACGACAUCGCGUGUGCGAUAACAAGAUUGUCACACACGCCUGAUUUGUUUUGGUUCCUUCGUGCAAUUGAAGAAAUGCGCGAAUAAUGGACGUUGACGAGAAUUACGAUAGCGAGCAGAGUGACUACAGCGAGCAUCAAAUAAUAGAUCUCUUUUGUAUGUGUGAUACAUGUAAAUAAAAUAAAAAAUGAUAUUGAUGCAAUUCUGUGUAAGACUGUCAAAGUGUUUAAUGUUGAAGUUAAACUGCUUUGCAGAGGCUCCACAUAAUGACUCUGAAAAUGAAGACAUGAGCACAGAUGAACCAGAUGCAUCACGCUUGGAUGAAGUUCCAAGUCCUACGGAAAAUACAUUUGAUGUGACAUUACCAGCAACACAUUCUUAUUUAGGACAAAACUUAGAAGAAUUAAGAGGAAGGACUAUACUGGAUGAUGGCAUUUAUAUGAAUCUACCAUUAUUAGUAAAAACAUCUGUAUUGUUUCCUGGGCAAACAUUACCAAUGAGAGUCUUUGGUGGACAAACUAUAGAUAUGCUACAAAAUUGUAUACGAAAUGAUCGUACUUUUGGUGUUGUGUGCUACGGCUAUUACUCGCGAUAUGUCACCGAAUUGGAGCGAGUAGGAAUAGUAGGAAUAGGAACGACAGCUGAGAUCUAUGAAUACACAGACGGAGAUGUAGUGGAUCACGGUCGACGAGAAUUUCGCUUGAAAGCUAAGGGCAGACAGCGAUUUAAGAUAUUACGUGUUCUUACGCAGGAUCCCGAUAAAAUUUCUGCCAAUGUCAAGGUGUUACCAGAGAUAACAUUAGGACCACCAUUUUUGGACCAACGUUUAGCUUCGUUAAAUCAUUUGAGAGUUUUCAUCAACUCAAAGACAGAUAUGAAAAAACAAGAGAGAGUAGAAAACUUGGAUGCUGCAGUAACUGUUUGGCCAGGUUGGGUCUACAGACAGUAUGAUCCUGUGAGAUUGUCUUUUAAAAUACGUCAACAUUUGCAAUUUCUUGAGACUAGAGGUGGCAGUGUACCUACAGAUCCUGUUGAUUUGUCUUUCUGGGUUGCAAAAAAUAUUCUAAUGGAUCAUGAUGAAAGACUUAUGUUAUUAAGUUACGAUUGUGCUAUUUCUCGAUUACAAAGAGAACUAAAAUAUCUUGUGGAGGAUAAGAUCUACGUGUGUGUUAAUUGCGAGUCUCUUAUUGGAAGACAAUCGCAUAUGUUCCCAAUGAAUAAAGAAGGACCGCAAGGUACUUACGUUAAUCCUGGCGGUGUUAUACACGAAACCAUAACUUUUUAUCAUGUUCAAGGAGUUAUACUCAAUAGCUCACCUCCUUCAACUGACUUCAGUUGGUUUCCAGGAUAUGCUUGGACAAUUGCCAUUUGUAAAUGCUGUCGCGAACAUGUCGGUUGGAAGUUUACAGCAACAGAAAGUGAUUUAAGACCCAAGGAAUUUUGGGGCUUGACACGCAGAAGUUUAAAAACCAAUUCUUUAACAAAAUCUAAGAAAACUUAAGAAAGAUUAUAAUUUUAUAUUUUUGGCAUUAGAGAAAUAUCUCAACAGUCAAAUGAACAUUUUCCAAACAAACCAGAAACACUUUAUAUAUAAAUUUUAUUUUAUACUUAUGUGUGUGUGUGUAUAUGUAAUAUAAUUAAUAAGCAACUAAAGCUAAAGAAAGUAAUAAUAUUCAAAGCAAUAGCUAUUGCAAAUGUUACACAUUUUAUCAAAAAAGUGAAAAUAUUUUUUUCCUAUAUAUUUAAAUAUUGGUUGUACCUUCCUCGAUAUUUAAUCUAAUU